CCCUGCUGCUGCUGCUGCUGCCACUUCUUGCAUUCUUGUUGCAGCUUAAGCUAAGCUAGCUAGCUACUUCGCCAAAGCUGCUUCAGGCUGCAGCAGCGGCUGGCUCAUACCUGAGCUGAGAGUGAAACAGGGAGAGCGAGAGGGGCAAUGGAAUACGAGAGGAUACACAAAGUUCAGAUGGGAGUCAUGUCUCCAACCAAGCUGAGGAUGAAGCUGCUAGGGUCCCAUGGCAGCAGCCCCCAGAAGAUCGACGAGGCGAAGAAGUCGCCGGCGAGGCUCGACGCCGACGAUGACGGCGACGACCACCCCAAGAACAGCCUAUUGGCCCAAGAACUCGAUGAAGAGUAUCCCAAGGACCGGUCGGAUUCUUCCCGGUCGCGCUCCGACGCGAGCCAUGGCAGGGCCGGUCAUGGCGGCGGCGGCAAUGGCUACGACAGCGGGCACGAUGCUGGCGGCGGCGGAGGUUUCGAGUUCUACAGGGAGGAGAGGCCGCCGGCGGCGGUGGUCGGGGGAACGUUCUUCAGGCAGGUGCCGUCCAAGUGGAACGACGCCGAGAAGUGGCUCGCCGGUAGGCACGUCGUGCACUCGAACCCCAUCUUCUCCAAGAAGGCCGCCGCCGCCGCCGCCGCCGUCGCUGUCUCCGGCCGUGUCGCGCCGGAGUCGGACGCGAAGAGGAGCGGUAGCGCGCUGACCGAGCUGACGUCAUCGCCGCCGUCCUCGUCGUCGUCGGUGAGCAAGCAGCCUCGCCACAAGAGGCUCCGCGUCUCAGCGCUGGCGCCGGUGUCGAUGCGGGACGUGGGGACGGAGAUGACACCGAUGGCGAGCAAGGAGCAGUCGCGGAGCGGCACGCCGGCCGGCGCCGCCACGCCGUCGCUGAGCCCGCUCUGCUCGGUUCCGUCGAGCCCGAGGGGGUGCGGCAGCGGCAGCGGCAGCGCCACCGCCGCCUCGUCGUCGUCGUCGUCGGAGCGGGAGCUGCAGAUCAGGACGCGCCGCGAGAUCGCCGCCCUCGGGAUGCAGCUGGGCAAGAUGAACAUCGCGUCGUGGGCCAGCAAGCAGGAGGAGCUCGUCGCCCGUGCCUCGCCGGAGAAGCGACCCCACCCCGGCGACGACGGGGACGGCGACGGCGACGCCAAGAGGCACGAGUUCGAGGCGCGCGCCGUGGCGUGGCAGGAGACGCAGAAGUGCAAGCUCGCAUUGAGGUAUCAGAGGAAGGAGGUGAAGAUUCAGGAAUGGGAGAGCUGCCAGAAGGCCAAAUUCGAAGCCAAGAUGAGGCAUGCAGAGGUGCAGGCAGAGCAGAUGAAGGCGAGGGCGAAGCAGAAGCUGAGCAGGAGGCUGUCGGCGUUGAGCCACAAGGCGGAGGGGAAGCAGGCGAGGGCGGAGGCUCGCCGGAGCCGGCAGGCGGCGCGGCUGGCCCGGCAGGUGGACCGCAUCCGCGACACCGGCGUCGCGCCGCCGUCGUCGCGGCUCCGCCGCUGCUGCAGCUGGCUGUUCCUCUGAACAUCGGAAACCCAAAAGGAAGAGAGAAGAAAAAUUCUCAAGAGGAUCAUCACCAUGAAUUCAUGAUCAUCAUGUUGUCACUCAAAAUGCUGAGAGCUUUCUGUAUAUGAAACUAGCUGCAAUGGUUUGUUGUUGGGAGCAAUGUGCUGUAGAGAUUGCAGCAGCAGCUGCUGCUGCUGCUGCUUGACUUGAUCUGAAUUUCGUUGUUGAUAAUGCUGUGAGCUGCUAGGCUUUGAUGAACAUUUUCAAGAGAAAAAGAGAGAUCAUUAGUCAGUUGCACUUGUUGUAUAAAAACAAGCUCCAGCUCUGUGCUUUUGUGUUCUUUUUCAGCCAUGAAAUGAAGCUUGGUUAGCACAACAGAAAAACAAAAUUAUGAAAUCAUGAUAAAA